UAAUUUUGCUUGUUAAACACUGAUUAUCAGUAAUUAAUCUCUGUUUAAGCUUUGUCUAAUCUAAAUUAGUCCACUCUCUCAUAAUAAGCUAUAAAUAUUCUCAUUUUCGGAUACCAAAUUCGUUUUUUUUUCUCUUUGAAGAUCAUGUCCCCAAGGCCAAUCUUUGAGGUUCGCGGAUCGCCUCAUUUCAGGCAAACUCCGUUGCAGAUAAUCCACAUUGUUGGGAACCUAUUGAGAGUAUGGUCAGUUUACUCCAUGUAUCGGUACCUGAACCAGACUGGAGCUUCAGUGAUACUUUUUAUCUUCAGUUGUCUGGUUCCAUCAUCUAUCUUAUUUUUACUCUUACAAAAGCCUUGGAAGGGAAGACCUCUCUCUAAUACACAGAUUGUUCCUUCUGUAAUUAAUGGAGCAAUAACAGCUUUAUACUUCAUCUUGUGGGGAAAGGGGCUUAAAUCAUGUGGACCACUUAGAGCUAUAUUGGCGGAGUAUUCUGGUGCUGUUCUUGGAGUAUUAUCAGCAGUAUUGUAUGGUAGAAAAGGCCAUGUCUGGAAAAAGGUUGGUGGGCUUAUUGCGAUGAUGGCAUCUUUUUAUUUCUUAUCUCAAGGCUGGGCUGUUGCAACACUUUCUCCAUUCUCAUUCAAAGAUAGCCUUGAUUCAGAGGUUCAGACUGAACAAGUAUUGGGCAUGAGUCAUAUGAUGGUUCCCAUCUUGGCUGGGAUCUUAUCAGCUCUGAGAAGGGUGAUUGCUAGGCGGGUUUCACUCAAGAAUCAACUCAAAAGGCGUCUUCAUGGAAUAACCAUUGCUUCUGCAACAUCAUUUUUAUUCCCUGUGGCCAUGUGGGACUUUAUCAUAGGAUCCUCUGACAGCAAUGUGGAACUGCCAUUUUCUGCCUGGCCUUUUUUGAGUACUAUUCUCUUUGGAAUAAUAUUGAUAUUCUACGUUGACAGCAUCGCAGAGGAGAAGUUGCAUGUGGUUUUCUCUUCUCCAAGACAUUUAAUGGCAGCUGGAGGAUGCUUAAUUGUCAUGGAGAUUGCGUAUAAAAUGGACUUCUCCUUGACAGGCUUUUUAAUUUGUUCCUCAAUAUUAGGCAUUGGGAUAUAUGAAGCAACUACCUUGGAACGUGGCAGGAAAGAUUCUCUUCAAAAGCCAGAUAUGUCAAAUGGGAUGCUGAGUGAUGAACUUCAGAUGCCUUCUCUUCCGACUUAAUUUGUGCUGUUCUGUGACAACAAAGGUUUUAUGCAUGAAUAUGCAAUUUUCUUGCAGCAUUUAUUCUGAGGAUGUUGAUUUUGUUACCCUUAGUUAUGGGGCAUGAUGGGUGAUAAAAUGCCAUUGCUUUGAUCAUUUGCCAGCCAGGUAAUACCCUGCACGAAUUCUUUACUGUCAAAAUGGUUUAGCAUCUGAGCCAACGUUGAAAUGCUAAAACAAAUUUAGACGUUUGACCCUAUUGUAGCAUUUAGUAGGUUCUAAGGUUGUAAUAUUGUUUCAAAUUUACCUUUCUUUUAUAGUUUACAGCUACCCAGUAAAAAGAUAAUGCUUGUACUUGCCCUUGAAGGGUUUAACUGAUUA